AUGGCACGUCCAAACAGAAUCAUCAUGAGGAUAAUCGUCAAAGUCAAAUUCGGUGCAUCUGCGGAUUUGUUGACACCUUCGGAUUGUUCGACGAUAGUGAAAGCCAUGCGAACCGCGGAUUCACUGCUGGUCAUGGUCCUCGAAGUCCAAGGAGAAGCCAAACUGGAAACACUUCGCCACAGGUUCAAAACGACUUUGGUGGACGCCAGAGCAGAAAAUGGGGCGCUUCUGCACCCGAAACUCAGCUCCACCUUUGAAUAUUUCCACGGGUACAGGAUUUACUAUCCGUGCAAGAAUUUCGACAUUGGGAACCAUUUCAAUGUCAUUUUGGAUGCCGAAGGAUCUCCUCUGGAUGCUUUGGUGUCCAAAAGGUACAUUUUGCGGCCAAUCCAAAUGCCUUUGAAAAUGCUCAAAGAUAUCCAAGCAUCCAGCGGGGCCAAAUUGAACACGAUUUUGGCUUCGUGCAUUUACAAAGCUUUGCAAAGAAUCAGCCAAGACAUCGCAGCUGACCCAAAAACUGUUCUUGGGUGCAAAAAGGAUGAGGGCAUUUUGGAGAAACUUCAAAUGAGAUCCACGAGGGAACGUAAUUGGACACUAGUCAUACCACAAAGUUGCUGGGUACCAGGGGACAAGUUGGAAUUGGUCAACAGAACAUCAGGUUUACUUUACAGCAUGAAAGACACGGAACUGACCCGAGACAGAAUGGAGACUCUAAGGACGGUGAAACAUACUUUCGAAGAUCCGUCAAGGAUGAUGUACAGCUGGUCCAUGUUCAACUUCGGCAGUACCUUGAUCAACUGCGUCCCUUUGCUGAUCUCUGACCUGGCAUUUGCGGGCUGCAAGAAUUUCACGGGAGUUUUCUCGAAUGUACGAGGUCCUGACGUGAAGCAAACGCUGAUUGGCCACGAGCUGCUUGCGAUGACCGCUUACGUCAGCAUGUGGGAAAACUUGGAUCUCGGCGUAGUCGCCAAUAGCUACAAUGGAAAUCUUGGGAUUCAACUCGCCGGCCGCAAAGGUUCUUUCAGGUCACGAGAGGAACUCCGCACAACGUUGGAGUAUAUCAAGGAGGAAGUGCACAUGCUGCACCAAUCCGUUAUCAAGAAAGUUGCAUGAUCCUGUGAUGAACAAAAAUGCAGUACGCAAUAAACCUUAUUUUCAAUA